CUCUCAGCCUACUGUAGUGCUACACAGGCCAGCAGACAUGGAGACUAAUAGCAAAGAAACACUACAAGCAGACUUUGAUGUAUUUGAUAUUUCUGAAGAGUUUGGAUUUCUACUUGAAGAGCCACUGACUCACCUCCCAGACCAUUAUCAGGUGUGGCUGGACCUCGCAAAUAAUCUCACACAUCUGAUAGAAUCACGUAAACUACGGGAUCUGGUUGAUAAGAUGCCGGUCUUGAGUCCAGAUCUUUUGAGUGACCAUCGGGAGCUUAGGCUCGCUCACCUAGCACUAGGAUUCAUCAGCAUGGGAUAUGUAUGGCAGGAAGGACAACAUGCACCUGCUGAGAUACUCCCAAAGGCUCUGGCCCUGCCUUUUUGGCUGGUAUCACGCAGACUUGGCCUUCCACCGAUCCUGACAUAUGCAGAUUCAGUUUUAGCCAACUGGAAGUUAAAGGAUCCCACAGGGGAUAUGAGAAUUGGGAACAUGGACCUGAUAUUUUCCUUCCCUGGUGGUGACACUUGCAGGGGAUUCUUUAUUGUGUCACUGCUGGUUGAGAUGGCGGCUUCACCCGGCAUAAUGGGGGCGCUGGAGGUGAUGCGCGCCAUUAAAGUCUCUGACCUCGCUGGGAUAAAAAAUGGCCUCAUCAAAGUAACUCAGUCUUUAAAGAAGAUGAAGGAAAAAUUCAAAUUUAUGCACAAUCACGUGGAGCCAGCUGCAUUUCAUGGAAAAUUGAGAAUUUUUGUCUCAGGAUGGAGAAACAACCCAAUGCUUCCAAGGGGGGUGAUGUAUGAAGGUGUGAGCGAUGAGCCUAUUUUGUUAUCAGGUGGGAGUGCUGCCCAGAGUUCAGCUAUUCAAUGCUUUGAUGCUUUGCUGUGCAUCCAGCAUGAGGAAGAGACAGGAGCGUUCCUGACACGCAUGAGAGAUUACAUGCCUCCUGCCCACCGUCAGCUGAUAGAAACGCUCUCCGUCUGUCCACCGCUGCGAGACUUCAUCUUGUCCUGCUCCAACUCUGACCUCUGUCAGGCCUACAACUCUUGUGUCUCCGCACUGGUGGAUUUACGAAACUAUCACCUCAAUACUGUGACCAAGUACGUCAUUAUUCCUGGUAACCACGCGCAAUCUGUGGGCUGUCCAUUCAGAGGUGUGGGUACUGCACUCAACACCACUGGGACUGGUGGAUCCAACCUCAUGGUCUUCCUUAAGAGUGUUCGUAACACCACUCAAAAGGCACUGAUUUUAGAGAGACUAUCAUAGUCUAGAAACUUCAGUGUAAUUCCUGGCACAUAUAUACUGCUCCAAAAAAAUGAAAGAAACAUUUUUAACUCAGAGUAUAGCAUCAGGUGAAUUAAAUUUCUGGGAUAUUGAUCUGGUCAGUUAAGUACCAGAGGGGGUUGUUAAUGAGUUUCAGCUGCUUUUGUGUUAAUGAAAUUAACAGGUGCUUUAGAGGGGCAAUAAUUUGACAACCCCCAAAACAGUAAUGGUUUUACAGGUGCAGGACACUAACAUUUUCCCCUCCUCAUCUUCUCUGAAUGUUUUUUUCUGUAGUUUUGCAUUUGGCUAGGGUAAGAGCCACCACUUUACUAUUAGUACAAAACUUCCAGGACAGCACAUCAAUGCGAGCCAUUGCCAGACGAUUUGCUGUCUCUCCAGCACAGUCUCAAGUGCAUGGAGGAGAUUCCAGGAGACAUACAGUUACUCUAGGAGACCUGUAGAAGGUGAUAUAUAUGCCUGAUAUAUGUCCUUUGUGCAAGGAGGAACAGGAUGAGCACUCCCAGAGCAAAAUGACCUGCAGUAGGCCGCUGGUGGGAAUGGCACUGCCCUGUGCUUUUCAGUAGGUUAGCCCUAAGAUCAUGUGACAGAGGUGAAAGGGCCUAGCAAUGCAAUGCUGCCUGUAACAUUGUUCAGCAUGACCAGUUUAGUGGUGGGUCAUUUAUGGUCUGGUGAGUCACAUCCUUGCACACACAGACCUCUACAGGCUAGGCAACAGCAUCUUGACUGCCAUUAGGUAUUGGGAUAAAAUUCUUGGACCCACUGGCAGACCCUCCGCUGUGGGUUAUGGCUUCCUCCUGGUGCAUGGCAAUGCCUGGCCUCAGGGCGUGAAAGUAUGCAGGUAGUAGCCAAAAACACAAAGCAAAAAUGAAAAUCAGCACAAAGACACUUCAAAACGAUCGCCAUAGUGAUUCUACUGUAGAAACCUGAACAGGAAGAAACGGAGGCUGCUGCCUGACUUCUUAUCAGUUUGUUAACUGUUGAAAUUCAGGGUCACUGCUGGCCUGGGGUUGGCAUUCGCUCAGCUUUCACUCUGGGUUCUUGGCUAGCUUAGUGUUAGCAUGCUGUCUGGCUAGCCUAAUGUUAGCAUGCUAUCUGUGCACGUGCUUGCAAACAGCCGAUGUUGCAGCAUAAAGUAUCUGUCUCUGGGAAUUGGUUCUUGUCGUGAUUCCCAUCCCUAUUACCCAGUCCAUAUCAGUUUUCUCUGUAUUAUUGCCUUUACCGUACAAAAGAGGUAAAGAUACUACAAUUAUACAGCGCCUUGAGGCAACUGUUGUUGUGAUUUGGCACUAUAUAAAUAAAACUGAUUUGAAGAUCGGUUUAAAUAUCCAGGAUUUUUGAACAGUGUAAAAAUAUGUAUUAUAACCAAAACUUUUUCAUACGCAACACUCUAAAUGUAGUUCUAAAUCACAAAAAAUAUCACCAUCAUUCAAAUCAGCCAGAUCUUUUCAUCCGUAUUGAAUUUUCCAAGCACUUACCCUGACAUUAGUAAAUCUUCGAGUAAACUUUUGUUUUUUUAGAUAAAUGAUUAUUGGGUUUUCACUCUUUGAUGCUGUCAUGGAUGAUUUCUAGCACGAAUACGUCACUACAUUAACAAAGUAUUCUGUUUGAAAACUGUACCUCUUUACUUUAAUACUACUAUCAACAAUUUUUUUUAUACAUUUUCUCGUGGAGAAUUGCAUGACAAACUUGAGCUAUGUUUACACCUAUCACAUACACACAAAAAGCUCCCUGAGUAUUAACACACAGUUUUGGAAGUAAACCUGUUUCUAAGAAAUGGGUUUCUCCAUAGGUCACAGGACAAAAACAAACUAAUGACAUAUAGUUAGGGAAUCCAGCAGCACACAUUUUCAACUUUUCCUCCAAUGACCUUCCGUGUCUGCCUGAAGACCUAGCUUGUUUUGGCUUCACAGGUGUCACAGUGUGGAGUGGUGAAAGUAAAAAAAAAAAAGAACUUUUACCACAAUGCUCUUGUAAGCUUACAGAGUAGUGCAAACUAGUGGAAAUAAUUAUUUCCAAUGACUGGUACCAUUGUUACAUCAUGUUUGUGGCAACUAAAAGCUUUUAAAUCUACUAAUCAAAGCACACUUUAUGUUUAUAUAAUCCUUUACAAAAUCAAGUAAAACAGACUAUGAAACAGAGAGGCACUAAGUGUGGUGAUUGUUUUAUUUUCAAGUGUAAUUGUGCUUGUAUGCAUUUGAACCCUAAUAUUGUUUUGUUUGUUUCUUGUUGUUUUAGCUCAACUGAAUAGUUGCUGAGGCCUUAUGAUGGUCAAACUCUCUUAUACAGAAUUGCAAGGUGGAGGGGGUAGUUGUUGAAUAAGUGUGUUUCCUCCAUUCUGUACUCCCUUUUUCAUUAAUGAAACCCUCAGUGUUGCUUUAUAUGGUCACAGGAGAAAAAAAAGUUAGGUCUAUAGCGUAUAGAGACUGGUUGAUAACUUCUCCCACCAGGGGUGAUUUUAGCCCAUUUUAGCCCAUUUUUUGGGGGUGCUGAAGCAAAAUCAAAGCACCACCAAAGACUUCUUACUUUUUUGACAAUAUUUACUGUUUGUGUGACACACUACUAAAAAUAUAAAA